AUGGACAAAGAUUUAAAAGAACGUGGAGGGUCUUCACUUCAAGCCAUCAAAAAAUACAUCGCUGCCAAUUAUAAAGUAGAUGAAGAAAAAGUUGCUCCUUUCUUUAAGAAGUAUCCAAAAGCAUUAGUAGCUUCAGGUUCAUUAGUACAAAUGAAAAGUAAAGGUGCUUCCGGUUCUUUCAAGUUAGCUUCUGCAACAUCUUCGGGUUCAGCUAAGCCUAGUUCUAACGAAAAAAAGAACGCCAGUGGCAAAACCAAAAAAACUACGACAGCAAAACGUAGCAUAACAACAACCGAAGAAAACCCAAAAGCAGUCAAGAAAUCAGCGAAAUCAAAAUAUGUGCCGACAGCUGGAAAAGAAAGACUUAAAAGCGAAAAAGAUGAUAAAAGCACUGCUGCUUCAAAAAUUGCCACAUCAAUUGCUUUACCUGCCAAAGUUAAGGCUCCAACAAAGGCAAAAGAGUCAAACAAAGGUUUUCCAACCAAGAAACCUAAAGCGCCCAAACCAAAAACUGCAAAAGCGAGAAAAGUAGCUUCCUCCAAAAAUUUUAUCAUGGCUGGUUCUUAUGAGCACAAACAGAAGCGACUAUUGUCUAUGUGGCAAGAUAUUCAAGAAGAAGAAGUUGCUAUUGGCUCAGAGAAUGACGAAGAAUCCCACGAACAGCUCAGCAAUCACAGUUCUGAACGCGAAGAAGCCGCAGAUGAUGGCCAGAUUGGUACUGAAAAUGAAGACGUACAAGAUGAACAAAAAUCAUAUGAAGAAGAUAUCCAAAUAGUCAAUCAGAAUGAAGAUGCACAAAACUUGCACUCUGAAGCUGAAAAUGGGCGUAGAUGGAUUUUAAACCCUUUUGACAAAUCUAUAGAACUGGCUGAUGUCACCACAAAAAUGAUAGAAUGUCUUCUAGAUUCAGCUGCUGAUGGCAUGUCUAAAAUGGAAUUUUAUUCGCAAAGUGUCAACGUAUUUUGGAUGAAAAGAAAACACGAAGCUCUUAAAUUAUUAGUGCCAUUCGCCACUUCAUACUUGUGUGAACUGACAUUUUCUUCAAUGGUAUAG